AUGUCGCUUGCAGACCCUUUGGUAGCUGCUGAGCGUCAGAUUGUCUCUGAGCAUCAGCUCCGUGAACAGGUGAUCAACGAAGAAUUUAAAAUAUGGAAAAAAACCGUGCCAUUGCUUUAUGACACAAUACAUACCCAUGCAAUGAAAUGGCCGCUCAUGGCCGUGCAGUUUUUGCCGAAAUACACUGUUUCCGAAGAUAAGAAUACCAUAUCUGUGAACUUGGCCAUUGGAACUAACACCUCUGGUCGAGAACAAGACCUUGUCCAAGUGGUUAGUCUAGACCUUCCUAGCACAUUUGCUCCAGAUUUUGAUGAGUUUGCCGUGAGUUCAAGUAUCCCUAUACCUAUGAAUGGCUCAGAAAGUCUGUUCAAAGUGGUACACUCGUGGAACCACCCAGGUGAAGUGAACAAGUUACAGGUUUCUCCAGAUGGAGAAAGUAUUCUUACAUUUGACAAUCAGGGGACUGUGCACUUGUUCAGCUCUCCAGAAAAGCCAUCAGUGGACUUCAAAUUCCAUGACAGUGAAGGUUAUGGUUUGGACUGGGUCUCGUCUACUGAGUUUUUGUCUGGAGCCAAUGACUCCAAACUUGCCUUGUGGGAUGUUGUCAAACCAGAGGCUCCGAAGGAGAAAAUUCUUACUCAUUCUGCGGUGAUAAAUGAUAUUAGCUUCAGUCGGCCGUCAAAGUAUCUCUUUGGUUCCGUAUCUGAUGAUUUUUCAACACAGAUCCACGACAUUCGUGCCAUUAACCAAUCGCCUGUCAUUAAGAUUACUAACAAUCACGUUGCGAAUGCCAUCUCUUUUCAUCCUUCAGUUUCCUCACUUUUUGCUACGGCGGGGAAAGAUAAUGUGGUCAAGUUAUAUGAUGCUAGAAAUGUCAAUGAGCCAAUUCGUCUCCUAUUUGGCCACAACGACUCAGUAGUGGGAUUAACUUGGGACGCUGACAAUGAACCUAACUUGUUGCAUUCGUGGGGCUUAGACAAAAGAGUCAUCACAUGGGACUUGAAUUACUUGGGCGAAGAAUACACUUAUCCCACAUCAGAGUCUUCGGAUUCUAAGAGGAAAACACGUCACAUGGAAGACCCCUGCUUGAAGUUUGUCCACGGAGGACACACAAACAGAAUUAACGACUUUUCUGUGCAUCCUACUAUCUCCAACCUUUAUGCUAGUGUAGGAGAUGACACGUUAUUGGAGGUCUUCAAGCCAAAAACCUUGGUGGAAGAAGACGACCAGAAGGAGGACGACAACUCUGACGAAGCUGAAACCAAAGAGUAG